AUGGAUGCUGGUGUCGGUCGGACGCAGAUCGACAAGCUGCAAACUGAGCGCGACCGCCUUCAAGACAGUCUCACCGCCGCCGCCGACCUAUUGAGAGGCCACGGCCUCAGCGGUCGCCUCCGCAGAUCUCUCCUCGGCGCACAAACCGCCCUCACCGAUGAAAUCAAGUCGUACAGUGACCACAUUCUGGCCUAUAGCACUCUGAUAGCCGAUGUUGAGAAUCAAGACACUAGUACUCAAGAGAAAAUCAACCCGAUCUUCAAGGAGCUUGACAAGACUGAGAACUUGCUCCUGGGUGAGCGGCCUCGGAGAGAAUUCCUGGAGCUCAUUGCCGGCCGAUCGCCCACGAAGAAGCUGACCACCGGAAUCGCACCUAUCCUUCCUCAGACGUGCGGUAUCUGCGGUGAUGGCUGCAACCCAGGAAAAGAUCUGAAAGCAACUUGUGGCCACUGGGUUUGUCCUGAAUGCUUAGCUUUUGGCUUUGCGGUUGCCACCAACUCGCGCUCAAAAUGGCCUUUCAAGUGCUGUGAUCAGGACGUCGAGCUCGAAGAUGCAAAGAAAUUCGUUGAUGAUGAUAUCAUGGCAAAAUAUGUGAAGAAUAGCAUCGAAUACGCCAUGAAGACGCCGAUUUGGUGUGCCAGUGGUAGUGGUGAAUGCGCUUGUAUCCCACUAGACGAACGAACGGAGGAGAAUGUCGACCGUGUGUGUACUUGGUGCAACACUGCCACCUGCAUGAGAAGUUGUAAGCCUGCUCAUGAAGGUGUAUGCGAGAUUGAUGGUCCUGACGAGGGUCUGAGGCAGCUAGCAGAACAGGAGGGUUGGGCGACUUGUCCUGUCUGUUGCCGUAUCAUCGAGCUAACUCAUGGCUCUUUCCACAUUUUUUGUAACUGCAAAGCCGAGUUCUGCUACAAAUGUACCACGACCUGGAAAUCAUGCAUCUGUGCUCUACACGACAAGGAUCUGCUCCUGAAGCGUGCCCAAGAAGUGCUGUACAGCGACAAACGCAGCCCGAGGGAUCAAGGGGCACUCUUACGGCUAGUAUAUUGGAAAGUAGAGUCCAACCGCCUAUGA